CCUCCACGUGCUAUAUUUUGGGUUUUCUUUUUUCGCGCCCUAAUGGCAUCUGAAAGUUCCUCGUCAGUGAGUUCUUCAAUCUACAAUUCGAUCGCAAAGCCUCUCUUUCAAAGAUCUCCAUGUGUUGCUGAAUUCUAAAGAAAUUGUGAUUGAAAAGCAAUCUAAGGCUAAUGAUUUAUCCUCGUGUACUCCAGCACUUGCUAUGAUGGCCAAUUUUGCUAAUCGAGGUCGUUGUGGUCGAUGUCGCUAUGGUGGUGGCAGUGGCUGUGGUUCUUCAUAUUCGACUACUUUUAGCCCUAAUUCGGCACAUCUUGCUACACUUGCUGCUUCAUAUUCGUUUAAAGCUCAUAAUGCUCCGUUGGUUUCUGCUCAACCGACUUUUGGUUCUCAAGUGUGGCUAUUUGAUUCUAGUUGUAACGCCCACUUGACAUCUGUUCUUGCCAAUCUCACCAUGUCCACUGAAUAUAAUGGUGAAGCACAAAUUGCUGUUGGUAAUGGCCAACCAUUGCCUAUUACUCAUACAGGACAAACUAUCGGGUCAAACCUCUUCUAUGGACCUAGCAUAAAUGGACUUUAUCCAUUGCUUGCUCAUGACCCUGUGUUUCACGGCCGCACGAAGCAUAUUGAAGUUGAUCUUCAUUUUGUUUGUGAGGCCCACUGCUCAGCAACUCGUAGAUUUGUUUACAAAGCCUCUGUCCGCUGAUCGUUUAGCCUUUUUACGUCGCAAACUCGGUUGUAAAUUAGAAUUUGGUCGAAUUUCUCGGUUUACAGAAAAUAGGUAAUUCGGUCGAAUUACCUGUUUGACAACCAAAAAACGAUUGUAAAUUAGAAACAGAGGUUCAAAAUUAUAAAGGGUACGAACAGUUGGGAGAUGUAAAGGCCAGCAAUCUGUUACUAGACGGGAAAUUGAAUGGGAAAUUGGGGUUUUCUGGCUCGCGAAAGAAUAUGAACCUGGGUCGGAUCCAAAUACGAUACGGGUCGUGUGAGAGAAAUACAGGGGAAGCUUCUGGAAGUGGUGGAUCUGAAGGUUGGUAGGGAAUUUGAGAAACUGAAAUGAAGACAUCUUUUUACUGUUCUUAUUGUUGCGAGUGUUGGCGACGGAGGCUGUUUGGUGGCGAGCUCUAAACGCCAAAACUCUAUGAGAAAGGUAAAAGCAAGAAGAUGAUUACUAACUUGGAUAUUUAGGAAUUUUACAAUUUGAAAUUACCAUGUAAUGUUUAGUUCAUCUUAAAAAAGGGACACAUCGUCAUUUUGUAUACAGCUUAUUUUGGAUAAAAUACACUUUUAA